AUGAACGUCGUUAUUGAUUCUAAUAAUGAAUUAUUUCACAUUGAACACGAAGCAGCAUUAACAUUGGCAUUGAAUAAAAUUAUUGAUAAUCUUCAAAAUAAUUCGAUACAAGGGAAACCUUCAAAAUUUGCAACAACAAUUAAAAUCUUGCACGAUUUCAGUCCGAAACAAAUCUUUGCUGAAUUAUUAGCUGGUAAUAUCAAUGGAAAUCAUAAAAAACGACGAAAUUAA